AAAAGAAGGUUUGCAUUUUGUUUACGUUCCCAAACCACAAUUGCUUCCUUCUGUGAUAUUUGGGUACCCAGGAAGGUACGAUCAUAGCCACAGCCACAACCACACCCAAAUCUCAAAACUCUAAUCCCUUCUCUCUCUCUCUUUCUCUUUCUCUUUCUCUCUCCUCUAUAAAGCAAAACCCUGCUUCUUCUCACACCACAACAUUACCCUCGCAAAUUCUCUCUCCUCCCUCCAAUCCCCAUCUGGGUUUCCCAAUUCAUCCCAUUGGGUUCCCAAAGCCAUAACUUUUUUCUUCCAUUCAACGCCAAAAACAACACAAAUAUACAGAGAAGAAGAAGGACAGGGAAGAGAGAGAGAGAGAAAUAAAAAAAGAGAAAAUAUUGAAAUUUGGGGGCUGUUGCAGGGUUAAAACCCGGGGUUGAAGCAUUGCAGACAUCACGGCUAUUCAACGAGUUAGUCACUCUCUCUCUCAUGCCCGUUGUGACCGACGUAAGGGUUGUGUGACGGCGGAGAGCAACCCUUCGCCGCACGGCGGGCGUGGCGCUUUGCCUUCUGAAGGUGGAAGCCCCUCCGACCUACUCUUCCUCGCCGGCGGUGGUUCUUCUUCUUCUUCAGUUCUUCUAGUUUAGGAUAAUUAGGAUUCGCUUUAGUAAUAGAAGUUCUGUUAUUUGUAAGGGGUUCCUUGUUUUUUUUUUUUUUUUUGUGAUUGUUGUUGGAUUUUGGUGAGGAGGUAGUAGUUGUGUUAGAAAAUAUGUUGAGCAUUAAGAGGGUUCCCACUGUCGUUUCUAAUUAUCAGAAAGAAGAGGCUGCUUCAGGUUGUGGGAAGAAUUGCCUCAAAACUUGUUGCAUUCAAGGUGCGAGGAUUCCUUUGUAUGCUUUUAAGAGUGUUGAUAAGGUUGGUGGGAAGGGCUUGCCUUUGCUUGGAUGCAAGGAGGAGCAGGAUCCUGUGGCAUUUCUGGACUCGCUUAUUCUUGGAGAGUGGGAAGAUCGCAUGCAGAGAGGGCUUUUCCGCUAUGACGUUACUGCCUGUGAAACCAAGGUGAUUCCGGGCGAGUAUGGUUUCAUUGCUCAGCUCAAUGAAGGUCGUCACCUCAAGAAAAGGCCAACUGAGUUCCGUGUUGAUAAGGUCCUCCAGCCUUUUGAUGAAAGCAAAUUCAACUUCACUAAAGUUGGGCAAGAAGAGGUCCUGUUUCAGUUUGAGGCUAGCAAUGAUGGUGAAGCACAAUUCUUUCCAAAUGCACCGAUUGAUGUUGAGAGUUCUCCUAGUUUUGUUGCCAUCAAUGUCAGUCCAAUUGAAUAUGGGCAUGUGCUGCUGAUUCCACGUAUCUUCGAGUGUUUGCCCCAAAGGAUUGAUCAUGCAAGUUUCUUGCUUGCACUUCACAUGGCAGCUGAAGCUGGAAAUCCAUAUUUUCGGUUGGGUUACAACAGCUUGGGAGCAUUUGCGACUAUUAACCAUCUCCACUUUCAGGCAUAUUACCUGGCUCUGCCUUUUCCUAUUGAGAAGGCACCUACCAAGAAAAUUGCCAAGUUAAGUGGCGGUGUGAAAAUAUCCGAGUUGCUGAACUAUCCAGUCAGAGUUCUCGUCUUUGAGGGCGGUCAUAAGCUAGAUGAUCUAGCUAAUGCCGUUUCAGAAGCCUGUAUCUGCCUUCAACACAACAACAUACCUUACAAUGUACUCAUUUCAGACUGUGGAAGGCAAAUCUUUCUCUCACCACAGUGCUAUGCAGAGAAACAAGCUCUUGGAGAAGUGAGUGCUGAGCUUCUGGAGACUCAAGUUAAUCCUGCUGUCUGGGAAAUUAGUGGACACAUGGUGCUGAAGAGGAAGAAGGACUAUGAUGAGGCAUCUGAAGCCAAUGCACGGAGGCUUCUUGCAGAAGUGUCCCUCUCUGAAGAGAGGUUCCAAGAAGUCAUUGCUCUUAUUUUUCAAUCCAUUGCAUCUGCUGAGAUGGAUGUCAAACCUGAAUGUCUCGAGGAAGUUGAUGCAAUUAGCUCAAGCACUAAGCCUACUAUGGUGGCUGGUUCUCAGCAGUGCCUUGUUCUCCAUUAACAAGGCUCUGAUGAACUAAAUUGUAGUUAUUAUGCACUAAUGAAAUUGCUACAUUUAUGUUUCAGUUUAAAUCUGCACCUUCUACGGUGGCAGUUACUACUCAAGUCUGGAGUAUGAUGUAUUUUUUAAGGACUUGAAAAAGUAAGUGGUUUGCAUUUUUAUUAUGUUAUGGUGCUUGAUGCCUUGUGGUCUAUGUAAAAACACGAUGUAAUAACUGCUCUUGUGAGCAUUGACUUAGUUACUGUUUGUCGUUGAAUAAUGUUACAUAUGCUGUUGUAUUGUUU